AUGUCCUUCUCUGUGCGUCUACUGCUCAUCAGCAUUUUGCUUACUUUUGCCUCGUUCGUUACUGCGCAAUCGACGUCUUCGGGUGUGCCUUCGACUCCCCCGCCUACAAGCAGCAAUCGCCCCUCGGGCAAUGGGACGUCGACAAGACCCCCUGAAGUCUCGCCUACAUCAUCAGAUCCCCCAGAUGUGCUACUCCGCGUCCCGGAACUGCAUGUAGGCCGGAUCGAAUUGAACGUCGAGAAGCUCCGGGCCGAUCUUAACCUCAACGCAAAAGUGGCUGGUCUGGUUCAAAUCAAUGCUGGUGUCCAGGUUGGAAUUGACAAGGUCAAUAUCACCAUUGCCGAUGUUGAUGUUGAUCUCGAGCUGGUCGUGCGACUGGGUAACUUGGUCUCGAUUGUUGAGCGCGUGUUUGACUCGUUGGACCUGAACCCGCUCUUGAUUGGUCUGAUUGGAAAUGUGACCAACCUGGUCGGCGAAGUAAUCGGAGCCGUCGACGGUUUGCUUGGCUCUAUCACGCAAAACGGAAAGACGCUCAGUUUCCUAGUCGACAACCUGGGCAAUAUUGUCCAGGAGGUAGCGGGCGCCGGCACAGACGCCCUGUCCCAGAUUGUCGGUAACUACAAGCUCAACAUGACCGAGGUCGCUGAUAGCGCCAAGCAAGUCGGUCAAGGCCUAACUCAAAAGACGUAUUCGUACGAGCCGCUCAGCGCGCUCGUCGACAUCAUUACCAAUUCUGCCGGCCAAGUCGUGCAAGCAGUUGUUCAGAAGAAGAAUGGCGGUGGCGGUGGUGGCAGUUCCUCCUCGUCUACAGUUUCAGCAUCCAGUACCGGCACUCCAAUGCCCGUUAGCUUGCCUGUGAGCUCGGCCACGCCCACGGCCUCUGCGUAA